CAACAAAACAAGCAGGGUAUGCCACCCUCCUUCGAGGAGAUGGAGGCCAGAAAGGAAAAGAAGGACAACAAGAGAAAGAGGUCCGCGUCUGUGUCGGAAAAGCCAGCCAAGAAGGCGUACGAACCGAAGGGCAAGAAGGGCAAGAAGCAGGCGCCUGUUGUUUCCGACGAGGAGGAGAUGCCAGCCGACCUUCCAGAGGUUGAUUUAGAGGAGUUGGCCUCUGCCAAGAAGGCGCUUUUCGACGAUUCUGAGGAGGAAGAGGAGGGUGACGAGUUCUAUGAUUCCGACGAGGAGGGCCGCGAGAAGCCUAUCUGGUCUGAUGACGAAGACAUUGAGACCCUUAACGUUGCCAAUAUGGAGGCUUUGUCUCGCAAAUUGGACGAGGAGGAGGAGUUGGAAGCCGAAGAGGCCGAAGAGGAGUUGGUGGAGGGUGCUGUCCAGCCAAAGGCCAUUGUGCUCCCAACGGCGGAAGAGGAGGAGGCGAUGGAGGGCCAUCCCCAGGAUGUCACCAUGACCAGAACCAGAAUGAUGGAAAUCACCAAGGUGUUGGAAGAUUUCAAGACUUUGGCCGAAGAUGGCAAGUCCAGAACCGAAUACGUUAACCGUUUGAUCAAGGACAUUUGUUCGUACUUCGGGUACACGCCAUUCUUGGCCGAAAAGUUGUUCAACUUGUUCUCUCCUUCGGAAGCGAUGGAGUUCUUCGAAGCCAACGAAAUCUCGAGACCCACCACCAUCAGAACCAACACCUUGCAUUCCCGUCGUCGUGACUUGGCGCAGACCUUGGUCAACAGAGGUGUCAACUUGCAGCCAAUCGGGACCUGGACCAAGGUUGGUUUGCAGAUUUUCGACUCCCAGGUCCCGGUGGGUGCCACCCCGGAGUACCUCGCCGGUCACUACAUCCUCCAGGCCGCGUCCUCUUUCCUCCCAGUGAUGGCCUUGCAGCCACAGGAGAACGAGCGUAUCUUGGAUAUGGCUGCGGCGCCGGGCGGUAAGACCACCUACAUCUCGGCAAUGAUGAAGAACACCGGCUGUGUGUUUGCCAACGAUGCCAACAAGGCCAGAACCAAGUCCUUGAUCGCCAACAUCCAUAGAUUGGGCUGCAGAAACACCAUCGUGUGUAACUACGAUGCCCGUGAGUUCCCGAAGGUUAUCGGUGGCUUUGACAGAGUAUUGUUGGACGCUCCGUGUUCCGGUACCGGUGUCAUUGGGAAGGACGAGUCGGUCAAGGUCUCCAGAACUGAGAAGGACUUUAUCCAAAUUCCGCACUUGCAGAAGCAGUUAUUGUUGUCCGCCAUUGAUUCCGUCGAUGCCAACUCCGCCACCGGUGGGAUCAUCGUGUACUCCACCUGUUCCGUUGCGGUUGAGGAGAAUGAGUCUGUAGUGGAGUACGCCUUGAGGAAAAGACCGAAUGUCAGAUUGGUCGACACCGGCUUGGCAAUCGGUAAGGAGGGGUUCACCUCCUACAGAGGUAAGCACUUCAGUCCUAAGUUGAGCUUGACCAGAAGAUACUAUCCACAUACCUACAACGUUGACGGUUUCUACGUCGCCAAGUUUAAGAAGAUUGCAUCCUCCCCACAUGAUGUCUCCAAGGCUGGUGCGAAGGAGAAGGAGCACGCCGCCAGAUCCGAGCAGGAUGACACCAUCAUCAACGACGAUUUCGCUGAGUUCGACGCCGACCAGGAUAAGGAGCUCAUCCAGCAGACCGUCAACCGUAACAUGAAGAAGAGAGGUGUUAAUCCGAACGCCAGAAAGGCCGACAAGGUGAUCAAAGAGGAAGAGGCUCCAAAGGAGUAGUUCAUUUGCUAUUUAGUCUGUACAAUAUAUUUUCGCAAACAAAGGAGAGUACUGAUAGCACUCCGAGGGUGUCUCUAAACAUCGUAGCGACUGAAAACACUGGAUUCCGCCAUUGCUAGACCUUAAUUUUUUUUUAUCCCCUUUCUAGGCCCUUUUUCAGUAUACAAUAAAUGCC